AUGGCAACCCCAACAAAUAAUUACAACACAAUUGUUGGAUCACCAAUGCCAACUGCAACUACAGCUGCAACAACAACAACAGUAACACCAACGCAAAAAGAACUUAAUAUAGAAGAUCUUCAAUUAUUUCCAUCAAUUUUAGAUAUAAUUUCAAGAAUUAAAGAUGAUGAAAUUGAUUUAAUUAGAGCAAUUAAUUUAGCAAAUGAAACACGAACAAAAACAAUUGAAACUUUAAAUAAAUUACCAGGAAUAAAUAGAUCUUUAGAAAAUCAAGAGGAAUUAUUAAAAACAUAUAAACAAACUUUAAAAAAAAAAGUAGAAUUAUUGGAAAAAUUAAAGAAAUUGGAGAUAUUUGAAAAAUAUAAUAAAAUAAAAUCUACUUCCUCACAAUCACCACAGAUUCAAUCAAAAUUAGAAUUACAAACAGAACUAUCACAAACAGAACCAUCUCAAACAGAACCAUCUCAAACAGAACCAUCUCAAACAGAACCAUCACAAACAGAAUCUUCACAAAUAGAAUCAUCACAAAUAGAAUCAUCACAAACCGAAACUGAGAAAUCAAAAGAAACAACAGAAGAUAUAAUGAAAGAAUAA